AUGACCACCGCCGCCAGUGUCUUCCCUCCAUUGGAGGCCCGUCCGCUCAAGGACACCAUUGUUUUGUUUGAUGUCGACGAGACCUUGACCAAGGCCAGACGAACUGUUACCCCAGAAAUGCUCGAGCUGCUCUCCCGUCUACGACACAAGUGUGCCAUUGGUUACGUUGGUGGUUCCAAUUUUGUCAAGCAACAGGAGCAGCUGGGCUCGGCCACCGUCGAUGUUACUACCCUGUUUGACUUCUGCUUCCCCGAGAACGGCCUAGUUGCCUACCGCUUGGGCACGCCUCUCUCCAGCAACAGCUUUAUUCAAUGGCUCGGGGAGGAAAAAUACCAGGAGCUAGCAGACUUCUGUCUUGGAUACAUCUCAAAGGUCAAGCUGCCCAAAAAGCGUGGUACAUUUAUUGAGUUCCGCAACGGCAUGAUUAACGUCAGCCCUAUUGGACGGAACGCCAGCGUGGAGGAGCGAGACGAAUUUGAGGCGUAUGACAAGAUUCACAACAUUCGGAGGGAUCUGGUGGAGGCCUUGAAGAAGCAGUUCCCAGACUAUGGCCUCACGUUCUCCAUUGGUGGCCAAAUCUCUUUCGAUGUCUUCCCUACCGGCUGGGACAAGACCUAUUGUCUGCAGCACGUUGCAGCUGAAAAGGAUAUCACCGGCGUUGACUACAAGAACAUCCACUUCUUCGGUGACAAGUGCUUUGUUGGAGGCAAUGACUAUGAGAUCUACACCGACCCCCGGACCAUUGGCCACUCAGUCACGAGCCCUGAUGAUACUAUGAAGCAGCUGAAGGAGAUUUUUGACCUUUGA